AUGGGCGUAAUUGGCUCAAUGAAGGUAGUCACAGGCGCAGAGCGUCGUACGAGGCCUACUCUCACGCAGCCAGGCAAUCGCGAGUGGGUUACAGUCAUCCAGAGCAUCUGCGCUGCGGGAUACGCUACCCCGCCAUUCAUUAUCUACAAGGGACGCGUCCACAUCUCUGCAUGGUACGAAGAAGCGGAUAUACCGUACGACUGGAAGCUUUCAGUAUCAGAGAACGGCUGGACGAACAAUGAGCUUGGUCUCGCGUGGUUAAAGCACUUUGACGAGCAUACAAAGACGCAAUUUAAGGAUUACUGCCUCGUACGAAAGAUCCUUACCCUCUGUAUGCCUGCUCAUUCAUCGCACAUACUUCAGCCACUUGACGUUGUCUGCUUUUUGCCUCUUAAGCACAAGUACUCUCAACGCGUACGAGACUUGGCACGCCACCAUGUCUGGCAUAUUAAUAAGGAGCGCUUCCUUCCAGCCUUUCGAGACGCGUUUUUUGACGUGUUUACGUCCGAUAACUGCAAGAAGGCCUUUGAGGCAGCAGGGCUAGUCCCUAUCGACGCGCAGAGAGUUAUUGAUCGCCUUGACGUACGCCUUCAUACUCCA